AUGGCGGCGGCGAAAUCCACGCUUUUCUCUUUCCUCUCGCUCUCUUUCUUCCUCUUUUCUUCGGGGGUUGUCGAGGCGUCCGUGUCGUCGGAUGCCGCGACGACGAUUGAAAUGCACGGUUCUGGCACGACCAACCCGUCCAAGUACUUCUGGAAGGCGAUGGAUAUUUUGGAAGAGCGAGCGGGGAAACCGGUGCGAAUGACGUACCGAGCCGUCGGGUCUGGGACGGGACAAUCCGAGUUCAUCGGGGACGUUUCGGACUUUGGUUCCGCAGAUAUUCCGUUGAGCAGCACUCAACACAGCGGUUUCGCUGGUACUGUCGUGCAAGUGCCGUUUCAGCUCGGCGCGGUGAGUUUCUUUCACAACGUCGCCGCGGACGACUUGGGCGUCGCCGGUCGAUUGAACUUGACCAGCUGUACGUUGGCGAAGAUCUUUUUAAGACAGAUCACGACCUGGGACCAUGCGACGAUUGUCGCGGACAACCCGAACUUAUCUGUCCCGGCUGGGCAACCGAUUACGAUCAUCCAUCGAUCGGACGGGUCGAGUUCGACGUUCGGGAUUACGAGUUAUUUGUCCAAGGCGUGUCCUGACGUUUGGACCGGCGGCGUUUCGAAAAAUGCAGAUUUGUUCCCUCCGGAUGCGACGUACGCGUUACCUCGGCAAGGAAGCGGUAACGUGGCAAACGCAAUCGCUGAGAACCAGUAUUCAAUUGGGUACAUCGACGCCGGUCACGGUCACGAGCUCGGGUUUCAAGAAAUUUCCUUGGAAAACAAGUUCGGUCAACAGUUGGUUUCGAAAGAGGCGAACAUUCCCAAAGCGGCGACGGAGUAUGGUACCUUACCAUCGAUUGAAGACGAUUGGAGUAUGGUGUCUUUGAUUAACUUGGAUGGUGAAGAUGUGUGGCCGAUUACCGCGUUUACGUACAUUUACGCGAGAACGACCCUUACCGGCGAGGUCGGGAGGCUCGUCAAAUCGUUCAUGAUGUAUUGUUUAUCCGACGAAGGUCAAGCCAUGGUUCCGGACUUUUUGUUUUACGCGCUCGACAGCACGACGACGGCAUCGAUGAGAAUGCAGGUGGAAUCAAAGAUUGCUUUAACUACGUGGACAUUUGAAUUGGCUUCCGCCACUCAACCGACUGACGGUAUGGGCGCAGACGUGUUUUCUGGUAAGCGGAAAUCUUACGGCGAUUACGAGCGCGAACUGCUCGUUUCCAAAGUGGACGUCUUGGAGUCCUCCGUGGCGAACUUGCAAUCGAUGGAGUCUAUACCCGUUCACGGCUCUGGGACGACCAACCCGUCGAAAUUCUUUUGGAAACUCAUGGACACUUUGGAAGAGCGUUCGAGAAUCCACUUGUCCAUGUCCUACCGCGCGGUCGGCUCGAGUACCGGCAUUAAAGAAUUUGUCGGCGCUGACAACGGUUACGAACCUUAUUCGCACUUUGGUUCUGGGGAUAUCGUCGUCCCUACGGCGGAUUAUACCGACUUGAACAACGCCGGCAAAGGCUUCGUGACGAUUCCGUUCCAACUCGGCGCGAUUUCCUUCUUCCACAACGUUCCGGGCGUUCCGGAUGGCAAAGCGUUGGACUUACAACCGUGCGUUUUGGCUAAGAUUUUUACUCGAAAAAUCAAAACUUGGGACCAUGCGGACAUUUUGAGCUCCAAUCCUGGCUUUUCACCACCGGCGGGUAAAGAAAUUACCGUCGUGCGACGCAUUUACGGUUCUUCCUCGACGUCGUUGAUCUCCCAAUACCUCCACAAGGUGUGCCCGAGUGAUUGGGACAUCGGUGUUGGCUCGGGUAACGCGGCGAGUUCGAACCCGACGGUGCCGACGAAGGCGCCAUUUUGGCCCUCCGACACGGUCGGCGCGGAAGGUUCUGGUGGCGUUUCCGACGCCAUCAGCGCCACGGAGUAUUCCAUCGGGUACAUCGAAUCCGGUCACGGACAAGCGUUGGGCCUCGCCGAAGUUGCCUUGCAAAACAAAGACGGCAACUACUUGACGGCCGCGGAUGCCGACAUUGGCUCCGCCGUGAUGCAAAUUAUGUCCUCCAUUCCAAACGCCGACGGCGAUUGGGACAACGACAAUUUGUCUUUGCUCGAUUUGGGUGGCGAAAAGACGUGGCCAAUCACCGCGUUUUCGUUCAUGUUCAUUCGAAAGGAUUUGACCUCCCUGGGUCGCUCUGGCCCAGCCGUCAAAGCGUUCGCGGAAAUGGUCUUAUCCACCGAAGGUCAAGCGAUGCUCCCGGACUUCGGUGCAAACGCCGUCCCGGCUUCCAUCAUUGCAAAAGGCGUCGCCGGUCUCGCGCAGUUGAAAUUCGCCGCCACUUCGACCAUGUUCAUCCACGAACUCUCCACCUUGGCCGGCACCGGCAUGGGCACGCACGUUCUCUCCGUCAAACGUAAACGUUGGGCGGAUGUCGAACGAGAGCAACUCGUCGCCGACUUUGAAAAGCUCAAGGCGGACUACGAAGCGACCAUUGCGGCUUUGAAAAGUGAAGACGCCAACACCAUCACCAAAGACGAGUUGGAACGCUUAGCCGUUCCGGCGUUGGUAUUUGCCGUCAUCGCGUUUCUCAUGAUUUGCACCAGCUUAAUCUUGGGCGGGGUUUCCUGCACUCGAACGCGAAGACACGAGCGCUUCUUCAACGAAGACGACACGUUGCGCGAGAAAUACACCGCCUCUUCGAAAGCGUAA